GCCAGCAGCAUCAACCACCGCCAUCAAAUAGACAAAGGUCGCGUAACGCUUCGCUUCAAGUUUAUGAUAUUUUUGACGUGCGUGGCAAGCCAGUUUCACGUGUUGCAUGUGAGUCAGUGUACCCAAACAAUCUUUAUCGCAUUUAGAAUCACCCGUAAAGCCAUCCUGCAUUAAUCAUGGCUGACGGCGACACAUCGGUGGAGAACGGAGAUAGCCUGUCCGAAGUGCAAGAAAAUGGGGAACAUCAGGAUUCGACGACAGAACUUCUCGACGAGACCCUGGGCGACGAACACGGCCUCGACGACCCGGAACUCGAAGCCAUCAAAGCCCGCGUCCGCGAAAUGGAAGAAGAAGCCGAGAAACUGAAACAGAUGCAGAGCGAAGUAGAGAAACAGAUGAGCAUCAGUUCACCUACCGGUUCGUUAGGCCUGACACUUGAAGAGAAAAUGGAAGUGGAUGCCCGGUCCAUAUACGUGGGAAACGUCGACUACGGGGCCACGGCCGAAGAAUUAGAGCAACACUUUCACGGCUGCGGUUCCAUCAACAGAGUAACCAUACUUUGCGAUAAGUUUACGGGGCAUCCCAAAGGAUUUGCGUAUAUCGAGUUCUCGGACAAGGACUCCAUACAGACAGCCAUGGCUUUGGACGAAUCCUUGUUCAGAGGGAGGCAGAUCAAAGUGAUGACGAAGCGCACUAACAGGCCCGGGAUCAGUUCGACAAACCGACCGCCCAGGGGUCGAUUCCGCCGCGCUGCGCGCGGUGGCGGUUUCUACGGUGGCGGUGGUGGGUACCGGUUCCCGCGCAGAGCGUACCGACCGCGCCGAGCCUCCUGGUACUAUCCCUACUAGAUCCCCCUCCCCAAAAAAGAGUCCCUUUAAACCCACUUCAUCAUUCACAUCUCUACUACUACUACUGCGGGAAGCAAAAAGGAACAUGUCUUCUGCAACAUAUAGCACACACGAGAGUACACUCGAGCUACGCGUUACAGCUUCCGUAUUUUUAUGAUUCCGCAGGGAUUUUCUCUCUCUUUUUUUUGUGUCUGUCGACAAACUGUGUUCGCAUUGUUCUGUCAGAUUGGCUGGUGCUGGCGGCACUUUCGUUUCUUUUUUCCGAGAUGACCUAAGGAAUCGUUUCGUUCUGUUUCUGCAAUUACGCUGUUUGUUCGGGACUCGGGGGGGUAGUUGUCGUCCUAGCCGUCCGGGAAUAUCUUUUUUUUUUUCUUGCAUUUGCCGAGCAUCGUUUUCUUCAUUCUCUCUCGUGAUAUUUGUGCGACGAGUUUUUAUUCGUGUGGGCGGAAAAAAAGAAGACGGCAAUAUUGAAAGAAAAAAAGAGACAGAGCUAAAAGAAGCAAGAAAAGUGCUGACAACAAUCCUAUGAGAAAAAAGAAGGAAAUGAAGGAAAAAAAGAGAAGAAAAAAAAAUGAAGAAAAGGCAUUUGUGAAAAAAAUGAACAGUAAAAGAAAGAAAGAAAAAAAACUCUCUUGAACGAAUGUGUGUUUGAUGCAGCUCAAAUUAGCGGGGAAUAAAAAAACGUCUGCCAACACAA